AUGUCUUACGUGAACGAGCCUAUCGCCGUCAUCGGUACUGGUUGCCGAUUUCCAGGCGCUUCCACCUCUCCUUCCAAGCUCUGGGAGCUUAUGAAAUCACCACGCGACGUCGGAAGCAAGAUUGACCGCUUCAAUGCGGACGGUUUCUACCACAAGGAUGGUAGUCACCAUGGAACCAGUAACGUACUGAACUCUUAUUUGAUUGAUGAGGAUACGCGCCAGUUUGAUGCUCAGUUCUUCAACAUUCCUGGUUCCGAGGCGGAUGGAAUCGACCCCCAACAGCGGGUUCUGAUGGAGGUCGUUUAUGAGGCGCUGGAAGCCUCGGGUCAUAAAAUUGAGGAGCUAUCUGGCACUCAAACCGCCGUUUAUGUCGGUCUGAUGUGUAACGAUUAUGCGCAUAUUACAUACCAUGACUUGGAGUCGAUCCCCAAGUAUGCUGCUACUGGUACUGCCGCUAGCAUUCUAUCUAACCGAAUUUCUUAUUACUUUAAUUGGACCGGUCCUUCUAUGACUAUUGAUACUGCCUGCUCCUCCAGUCUUAUUGCCACACAUCAGGCAGUUGAGACUCUCCGGAACGGAACAUCAAAUGUCGCAGUCGCGGCUGGAGCUAACUUGAUCUUUGGACCCACCAACUAUGUUGCCGAAAGUAACGUUAGCAUGCUUUCGCCCACUGGCCGCAGUCGCAUGUGGGAUAACAAGGCCGAUGGUUACGCCCGUGGUGAGGGUGUCGCUGCCGUCAUUCUCAAGCGUCUCAGCGACGCCAUCGCCGACGGUGAUACCAUCGACUGUGUUAUUCGUGAGACCGGUGUGAACCAAGACGGUCGCACUCCCGGAAUCACCAUGCCCAGCAGCACCGCCCAGGCUCAGCUUAUCCGCCAGACGUAUGCCAAGGCCGGUCUCGACCUCGUGAAGGACCGCUGCCAGUACUUCGAGGCUCACGGUACUGGUACCAAGGCUGGUGACCCCCAGGAGGCCGGUGCUAUCUACCGGGCUUUCUUCGGCGAAAACGCCAGCGAGGACCCCAACGACAAGCUCUACGUCGGAUCCAUCAAGACUAUCAUUGGUCACACUGAGGGUACUGCUGGACUCGCUGGCUUGAUCCGAGCAUCUCUUGCCAUGAAGCAUGGAUUCAUUCCUCCCAACAUGCACUUUGAUGAGCUCAACCCGGAUGUUGAGCCUUACUACGGUAAGCUCGAGAUCGUUAAGGCGGCUCAGCCAUGGCCUACAUUGCCUGCCGGUGUCCCCAAGCGUGCCAGUGUCAACAGCUUUGGCUUUGGUGGUGCCAACGCCCACGCUAUCAUUGAGUCUUACGAGCCCGCCACUGCUGUCGCUGAAGUUGCUACUCGGGAUACAACCUCACCGGUGCCAUUCUUGUUCUCAGCCAACUCUGAGAAGGCACUGAGCGCCCAGAUCGAGAAGUACCUUGCCUUCUUGGAUGAGGUCGAUGUCGAGAACACCAACAUUCGCGACUUGGCCUGGACUCUCUCUCGCCGCUCUGCCUUCCCUAUCCGUGUUCCUGUCUCUGCCCUUACACUGGACACUCUGCGCAGCAAGCUUAACGCUGCAAUGGAGGCCAAGAAGAGCGACGGCACCGCUCUUGGUGUUCGUCCCUCCCACAAGGCUACCAAGAUCCUGGGUGUCUUCACUGGUCAGGGUGCCCAAUGGGCCCGCAUGGGUUACAAGCUAAUUGAGACCUCUCCUUUCGCCGAAUCCCUGAUCAAGGCACUGGAUGAGACUCUGCAGGCCCUUCCAGAGCAAGACCGCCCCGACUGGACCCUUCAAGGAGAACUGGCUAAGCCUGCUGAUGAGUCUCGCAUUAUGGAAGGUACCUACUCUCAGCCCCUGUGUGCCGCCCUGCAGAUCGUUCUCGUUGAGCUGCUGAAGCAGGCUGGUGUCACCUUUGAUGUUGUGGUCGGUCACUCUUCUGGUGAGAUCGGAGCUGCUUUUGCUGCUGGCUUCCUCAGUGCUCGCGAUGCCAUUCGUAUUGCGUACUACCGUGGUCUCUAUGGUAAGCUGGCCGGAGCUCCUGGCGAUGUCUCUGGCUCAAUGAUGGCUGUUGGUACUUCCAUGGAGGAUGCCAGAGAAUUGGCCGAGCUUCCAACCAUGAAGCGUCACGGACGAUUCAACGUUGCUGCUAGCAACUCCUCCGCCAGUGUGACUGUAUCUGGUGACGAGAAGGCAAUUGAGCGUGCUAAGUUCAUCUUCGAGGAUGAGAGCAAGUUCGUGCGUCAACUCAAGGUCGACACUGCUUACCACUCGCACCACAUGGAGCCUUGCUCUGAGCCGUACAUGGAUGCGAUGGCCCGCAACAAGGUUGCCGCCUGCGACCCUAACCCUUCAUGCAAGUGGUACUCUUCGGUGCUCGGAGGUGACCUUGUCACUGGUGACAUGAAGGAGCAGCUUGCUGGCUCAUACUGGAGAGACAAUCUGCUCCAGCCUGUACUGUUCUCCCAGGCUCUCGAGGCCGCUGUCAAGGCCGAGGGUGCCCCAGCUUUGGCCUUGGAGGUUGGUCCUCACCCAGCUCUCAAGGGACCAGCCAGUCUCGUCAUUGAAGAAGCUGUUGGUUCUAUGGUUCCUUACUCCGGCGUGCUCGGUCGCAAGUCAGACGAUGUCGAGGCUUUCUCCGAUGCAAUUGGUGCCGUGUGGGCUAAUGUCGGUACCACUGACUUGAACUACGGAGCUCUCGAUGGUGCUUUUGUCAGCGAUCCUCUUGACAAGCCCAAGUUCCUGCGUACAACCCCUGCCUACUCCUGGGACCACAACCAGGUCUUCUGGGCUGAAUCUCGUCUGUCGAAGGCUAUGCGUAUGCGUAGCACCCCUCCCCAUGAGUUGCUGGGCAACCGUAUUGACAGUGGUGAAAAUGAGAUGCGCUGGCGCAACUUCUUGAAGCCAACCGAGAUGCCUUGGACCCGUGGUCACUCUAUCCAGGGCCAGACUAUCUUCCCCGGUGCUGGUUUCGCUUCUAUGGCUAUUGAGGCCAGCAAGGGUUUUGCGGAUGACUUCGGUGAGCAGAUUGAACUCGUCGAGCUUGAGGAUCUGAAGAUCCACCGCGCCUUGGGUUUCAUGGAUGAGCAAGUUGGUGUUGAGAUCGUUGUGAGUCUUAGCAACAUCUUGCAUGAUGACACUUCUGGUCUCGUCACCUUCGACUACACCUGCUCAGCCGUUCCCUCCAAGGACGCACCUUUGGCCACCCACGCUACAGCUCGUGUUAAGCUCACCCUUGGUCUCGGUACCGCGGACACCCUUCCCGCUCGCGAGCCUCGAUCCGAGGCCGACAAGAUGACCGAUGUCGACCCCGAGAUCUUUUACAACUCUCUCGCCAAGCUGGGCUACAACUACGAUGGCAUGUUCAAGACUGUCACCUACAUGAACCGUCGCACCAUGACAUCUUCUGGUACUAUCCACACAGCAUCCGAAGAUGGAUACAAGCCCGACUUGAUUGUUCACCCCGCACCCCUGGAUGUUGCAUUCCAAGGUCUGUUCGGUGCCAUCGGAGCACCCGGUGACGGUCAGCUCUGGACAUUGAUGGUUCCUACCAUCAUCCGCUCAAUCAAGGUCAACCCCUCUACCUGCAAGACUGGCUGUGUUGACACCGAUCUUUCCUUCGAUGCCAAUGUUGAGGUGGACCGAUCCAACUUGGAUAUUGCUGGUGACAUCGAUGUCUUCGACGAGAACGGCAACGCCAUCAUGCAAAUUGAGGGUCUUUCCGUUACUCCAGUGACUCAGAUCACUGCCAAGGAUGAUGGCCAGAAGUUCUCCAAGAUCUUCUGGGACACUGAGCGAAACGAUGCCACCCGCUCUUUCAAGAAGUUCUGGGAGCAGGACUCUGAGAACGUGGAGAAGGCCGAGUUCUUCGAGCGUGUCUGCUUCUCUUACAUGAAGCAGCUGCAUGACAGCAUCAAGCCCGAGGAUAUCCAAGAUGCGGAACCUCAGAACAGGAAGUACCUUGCCUGGGCUACUUCCGUCGUCAAUGCUGUGGCUGAAGGAUCUCACCCAACCAUCAAGAAAGAGUGGCUGAGCGACUCUAGGGAGUCCCUGGAGUCCCAGUUGAAUGAUUACGCUAUGGAGGACGAAGCUUUCCAGACUGUCAUGACCCUUGGAGAGAACCUCGUUUCUCUUGUCCGUGGCGAGACCUCCGUUGAGGAUGUUUUCGGUGAUGCCAACGCUCUGAGCAACGUCCAGACAUAUGGUACUUCUGAGUACACCGACUUCCUCGGGGAUCUUGUUGGCCAGCUUGGUCAUAAGGCCAAGCAGAUGGAUAUUCUCGAGAUCAACGCCGGUGCCGGUGCUGCCACUGAGGCGAUCCUGAACCGUGUCGGUUACCACGUUGGUUCCUACACUUACACUGAUCUUACCAACGAUCUCUUCGAGGAGGCCCAAGAGCUUUUCAAGGAGCAUGACUCUCGCUUCGGUUACCGGGCCUUCGACUUGGAGAAGGACCUUGAAGAGCAAGGUUUCCGUGAGGAAAGCUACGACCUCAUUGUCGCCUCUCGAGGCUUGCACGCCUCCAAGAGCAUUGAUGAGACCCUGACUAAUGCCCGCAAGCUUCUCAAGGCUGGUGGAUUCCUUGUUCUCCUCGAGACUACUGAGACCGGUGUCGUGCACUCUUCCUUCUUUGGUGGUCUGUCGCCAUCUUGGUGGGUUACCGAGGAAGAGAAUGAUGAGCGCGUUGAGCAGCCUCUUCUCGCCAAGAAGGACUGGGAUUCAGCUUUGAAGAAGGCUGGCUUCUCCGGUGUUGACACUGCCACUCCUGAGACUGGUCUGUCCGCUGUUCCCUUCACUCUUAUGCUGACCCAGGCUGUCGACACCCAGAUGCAGCUCAUCAGAGAGCCACUUAACCUUGACAACGAGGGAUCCAUCAAGGUUCCUAAGCUUCUUGUCAUUUCUGGUGAGACCGAAGCCACCGCUCGUAUUCAGGAAGAGGUCCUUGAGCUUCUCAAGCCCUUCACAACUGAGGUCGAGAUUGUUGCCAAGGUUGAGGACUUGAAGGCCGAGCAAUUUGAGCCAAAGCAGCUGGUCAUCAGUUUCAUGGAGCUCGACCACAACAUUUUCAACCCCUUCACUGCUGAGCGAUGGAGCGCCAUUCAGCUUCUUUCUGAGAAGGCACUCAACAUUCUCUGGAUGACUCGUGGUGUGAGCGGUGACAACGCAUUUGCCAACAUGAUGGUUGGUGUGUCCCGUGCUCUGGUUCAUGAGAAGCCUGAUCUUCGCAUUUCUCUUCUUGAUUUCGCGACCAAUGAGCCCAUCGAUACCAAGUACAUUGCCAGCACCCUUUUGCGAAAGGUUGUUUCCCAGAACUGGAAGAACUGGGCUGAGACCUACGUCACCAGCUGGGUCUUGGAGCGUGAGAUUCGCGCCGUGGGUGGUGAGAAGUGGAUCCCACGUAUGGCUCCUUGCGAUGGCCUGGACCAGCAAUACAACGCCUCCCGCCGAAAGGUCCACAACAAGGUUUCUCUCAAGGAUACUGUUCUUUCUCUCGACAGCAAUAAGGGUGUCACUGAGCUUCACCAGGUCAAGAAGGCUCACUGGGAAGUUGAGGAGCGCACUAACCUUGUUGAGAUCGAGACUCUCCGCACUACCUUGGCAGCUCUUGCAGUUCCUUCCGUUGGAUCUGUUCACCUGCUUGUCGGUAAGGUUGUUGGAGAAGACCAGACCGUUCUGGCUCUGACUGAGACCGUGCAAUCGAAGAUCUCUAUCCCUGAGAACCAGGUUCUUCGUGUUGACGUUCCCGAGGACCAGACUCAGGAGCUCCUUGUGGCUGCUACGAACUUCCUUCUUGGUAACUACUUGGUCUCGCAGACUACCAAGAACACCUCACUGUUGGUUCACGAGCCAACCGAUGCUUUGACUGUUGCUCUGACAGACUUGUCUCGCUCUCGCAACAUCGCUGUUGGUCUGACAACCUCCGACCCCUUGCGCCAGAGCAACGAUGUGCAGAUUAACUUCGUCCACCCCGCUGCUCACCGUCGCAAGAUUAAGUCUAUUCUGCCUGCCAAGCUGUCUACCUACGCCUACUUCACAGGCGAGCAUGAAUCGGCCCGUUCUGGUGCCCAUCUGGAGGCACACCUCCCAUCUUGGGUCAAGCGUGUCUCUUCUGACAAGUUCUUGGGCGAGCGUGCUGAUCUUGAGUCAUCUGCGGAUAUUCUUAACCUGCUUACGCAGGCUGAGACCUUCUACAAGGACCACUCCGACCUUGACACUACUGAGCAUGUCGAGGAGCUGACUCUGGCUGACAUUACCAGCUACCAACAGGACAAGUCUCACUUCAAGAUUGAGACCCUUGACAUGUCCCCUGAGCAGGAGUUCGCUACCAGCACCCUCCGAACCCCCGAGGAUGUUGUCAAGUUCCGUGGCGACAAGACUUACUGGCUCGCCGGUCUUACUGGUGACCUUGGUCUGUCUCUUACUCGCUGGCUGAUCUCGCGUGGUGCUCGCCACAUUGUGCUCACCUCACGUAACCCCAAGAUUGAUGCUGCGUGGUUGGAUGCCAUGAACGCCAAUGCCACUGUGAAGGCCUUGCCUAUGGACAUCACCAACAUGGAGUCUGUCCAGAAGACUUACAACACCAUCCUCGAGACUAUGCCACCUGUGGCUGGUGUCUGCAACGGUGCCAUGGUUCUUCACGAUGGUCUUGUUGCUAACCAGUCAUACGAGGACUUCAACGGCACCCUGGAGCCCAAGGUCAAGGGAACCCAGUACCUCGAUGCUUUGUUCCCCAACAACGACUUGGACUUCUUCAUCAUCUUCUCGUCGCUUUCCUAUGUCACUGGAAAUGUUGGACAGGCCAGUUACGCCGCUGCCAAUGGUUUCAUGUCCAGUAUGGCUGAGGGUCGUCGCCAGCGAGGACUUGCUGGUUCCGUCAUGCACUUGGCUGGUAUCUACGGUAUUGGAUAUGUCACUCGUCGCGAGGCCAACCUGCUGGACCGUCUCGAGAAGAUGGGUUACUCUAACAUCUCCGAGUGGGACUACCUCCAGUACUUCGCUCAGGCCGUGCUGGCUGGUAAGCCCGACAACGGCUCCGAUGGUAUCUGGGAGUUCACUUCUGGUAUCAAGCCAGUCAACAGUGACAACGACAACCCUCCCCCAUGGAUCGAUGUUCCCCGUUUCUCCUGGUACCGUCGUGUGCGCUCCAAGAACAACGACGGCGCUGAUGGUGAGAAGGUCUCUGUCCGUGACAACAUCAAGGAGCAGACUACCAUGGAUGGUGUUAAGGCAGCUCUACUUGAAGGUUUCGUCGCCAACUUGUACAAGCUUCUUCAGAUGCGCCCUGAGGAUGGUGCUAUCUCCCCCAGCACUCCUAUGAUCGAGCUUGGUAUCGACUCUCUCGUUGCUGUCGACAUGCGAGUCUGGUUCACCCGUGAGCUUGAUCUAGACUUGCCAGUUCUCAAGCUGCUGGGUGGUGCUACUGUUGAGGACAUGGUGGAGGAUGCCGUCACAAGACUGGCACCUGAGCUUAUCCCUAAUGUCAAGGGUUCCGCAGCCGCCAGCAAACCUGAGGAGGGCUCCAAGCCCGAGGGUGACUCUAAGGAAGUCUCAACCGAGCAGGCCUCGAGCGAGCAAGGAGAGUCACAGGGCACCUCUGCCGAGGAUUCUGAGGAGUCAAGAUCCCUUGUCUCCGAUCCCCUCACCACUCCUGAAGUGAGUGAUCACGAGGACAAGGAGUAA